GCAGGAGCAGUCAAACUGGAAUGAUGAUUUGUAUUGUAACAUGACACCCGUCUAUCAGAAGCGCCACCCCCGCGGGCAUCCUCCCGGGCACCCGCCCCACCUGCAGAGGUGCCAUCGCAGGGGAGGGUCAAGGCUCUUCCUCCUGCCCCUCCGCUCACCCCGCCUCCCGCCUUGGUGGGAAGCAGAGGUGCUGGAGGAGGAAGGAGCAUGCACGGGGUCACGGCACGGUGAUGCCCCUGCCGUCAGGUCACCGGCUCCUUGGGCUCAGGUUUGCUGCAGUGAGUCAGUGCGUCCCACCCGCACCCUGAUCCCUUCCCUCAGCAGCACCUCGCCUUGCCCUCACCUGGCAUGUGACCCUGCCGUGCCCUGCGUGCUGCCAGCUGCACCCAGAGGAGGUUGCAUUUCCGGGUGGGCAAAGGGCUUGUGUCUUUGCCUUGCGCCUACCCUUGGGGUGGGGUGAGCACUUUUGACUUUCCUGGGGCAUCGCUUCCAAAGUGUCUGGGCCUGACGGGUGGUGAGUCCCAUCAAAAGCAUCCAGGAAGCGGCCUGGAUGGAGCAGGUGUCGCUGGGUGGUGCAUGGGCUCCUGGCCUGGCAGCGCUAUCGUUUGCUGCAGGGAAGCUCUUUCCAGCCCCAAGUCUGCUGUUGGCAGGCUCAUCGCGCUCCUCUCAUGUCCUGGGCAUGGCCAAGGCCUGUGUUGUGCUGGACCCUGGACCCCUGCAAGGCUGUGUGAACCCCGGGGCUGCCAGCACCCUCUGGAGCCGGGGCACACAGGACUGUUCAAGGCCGGGGGGCUGCUCAGGUGUGGCAGGUGGGCUGGCAGAAGCUUGCAGCAGCCUGCAUGCUCCGGCUGUAGGGGCCUGCAGGCUGGCAGGGAUGCCAGCCAUGCUGGAGGCCGCAGGCACUGAUUGCAGGUGCUAGGAGAAGAGGACCAGCUACAGAGGAUAAUUCACUGGCCCAUAGGAAGCAGCAGAGCCUGGGAAGAGCAGGCAGGGAGAGAGGGGGAGGCUGUUUGGUUGGUGGCUGCAAUACUGGGUGGUCUGGCACAAGACCAAGGGCUGCAAGGCUGGAGGCAGCACCCUGAGGCCAGGAGAGGGAGGAAUGCACCGCAAGGGAGCAGCGUGAAGCGGCAGCACUUACUUGGGUCGGGGAAGAGGCCCCAGGACUCUGAGUCACCCCUUUAUGAGCUGUGUUUUUUAUUUAUGGGCUUUCUGAACAAGCAAUAACUCUGAAACUGCUACACCGUGUGUGUCUGCUGCCUCGCUGCUCUUGCUGCUUCUUGCUGGUUGUCGCUGUGCUGGCUGGUCGGCAUCAUGUGGCCGGUCCCUGUCUCCAGGCCCCCGGAGCCCCUCUGCUGCAUCUCCGGCUGGAUGCUGCCUUGCUUUCCAGGGGCAGUGCUGCAAAACUGGGGACCUGAGUUAUUCCCUCCUCCCUCAGAGGCAGCCUGCAGUGGCGCUGGUGGAGGAAUCAGUGUCUCGCCAUCCCUCCUGGGCACUGGGCUCUGCACAAGGCGGGUCUUGGUGGAGAGUGGGUGGCUAGGUGUGUAGGUCAAGAAAGACCUACAAAGGAUGGAGGAUGGGAUCCACCUCCAAGGAGGAGUACUCUGCUCUGGUCUGGACAUGCAGAGAGGAAAGCCAAGGCUGCAACUGAACUUCAACUAGCUACAAGUAUCAAGGACAAUAAAACAACCUUUUUCAGAUAUGUGGGGAGCCGGAGGAAAAGGAAGGGCAACAUUGGACCCUGCUAAACCAGAUGGGGCAACUGACAACUGAGGCCCAGGAAAAAGCCAACUUGCUAAAUGGGUACUUUGCGUCGGUUUUUCACCAGUCCCAUGGGACGGCCUUGCCUUAUGGGACAGGGAGGCCCGGGUGAGGGAGAUCCCCUGCCCUCCAUCAAUGCUGACCUCGUGAAGGAACACCUUGAGAGGCUGGACACCUUCAAGUCAGCCGGCCCUGAUGGGUUACACCCCAGGGUACUCAAGGAGCUGGCGAGCAUCAUAGCCCAGCCCCUGGCACAGAUCUUGGAGAGCUCCUGGCGCUCUGGAGAAGUGCCUGAAGACUGGAAGACGGCCAAUGUGGUGCCUAUCUUCAAGAAAGGGAGGAAAGUGGGUCCGGCAAACUACAGGCCCAUCAGCCUGACCUCUGUCCUGGGGAAGGUCUUGGAAAAGAUUAUCAAAGAGGCCAUCCUUAACAGACUGGCUGAUGGCAACAUCCUGAGGGGUAGCCAGCACGGGUCUGUUGCGGGGAACGAGCCCAUCAGCAUCCUCGGCCUCCUCCUGGGCGUGGGCCUGUCCCUGCUGAUCCUGGGCAUCCUCGGCUACAGCUUCAUCAAGUGGUUCCAGGGUGGGCACUGCUGGCACCGGCCUAACUUUGUUUUCAACCUAUACCACAUCCGAGGCCUCAAGUCCGUGGAGGUGGAGCUGGCCUCGCCGUUCACCGUCAGCGGCUCCAUGAGCAACGCGGGCAGCGGGUACACGCGGUUCCAAGACAGAGGCGUGUGACGCGGCACUCGAGGCGCUGCCGCUGCCAGGUGAGGUGCCCCGAGCCUGACGCGCUUCCCUCAGGCAGGGACCGUCGGUCAUGGGCAUCCCUGUCUCUGCCCCUGAAUCCAGGAGGGAGUCCCUUUGGCUUGAGACCACGCCUGAGCCUGGGGGGUUGCCCGUGGGCAGGGCACCGGCUCCGCUGCUUGCUCCCCGCCAGCUCCCUGCGGCAGGGGAAGAACGGGGCAGGGAGGGUGGGGAGAUGGGGCUUUGCUGUCGCAGCUCAUUCUUCCAGCAAGGGACCCUGCAUCCCUCCCACGGCCCCUCACCCUGGGGUGCCACCUGCCCUGCCCACCCUGUGGGGGGUGGGGGGCUAGCUCUCCACACCGGGGUGUGCCCAGAGACUCGGUGCAUGUUGCUGCUGGAGAGGCUGCCUCGGGCUUCCUGGCUGAUGCCUGUCCCCAGCCCUUUGCUACUCGAGAUCCCAUGCCUGUCGCAGGCGCUGUUUCCCCGCUCGUGGCCCUGCCUCCCACUUCACCUCCCUGCGCAGGGGCUACGGAAGAAACGGACCAGCCUGCCCUGUGCAGGGCCCUGCCUCGGGGCACUGGCUUCCUCGGGCCGUGGCACUGAUGCUUGCUCCACCGUGGCUGAGAAGGGAGAGGGCUCCUGCUCUGCAGGGUGGAGCUGGCUGGACUGGGCGGCCCCAGCGUCUCGCACAGUCCCUCCUGGGUCUCAGCGCAGACGAGCAGCGGGCCAGGCCAGCAUGGCCGAGGGCCUGGCGGCAGGGACCCAGGUGUCUCGGGAGGUGUGAGCCUCUGGCCCUGCUUUUGCCAGUCCACGGGGCCCUGCUACUGCCCGUGGCUGCGCAGAAACCUUCCCGCCCCGCGCUUGUGCUGCAGCAGUGCCUGUCCCUGGCACGGACCCGGUCCUGCGCGCUCCUCGCGGAUGGCUCCUGCCCCAGACCUUGCGGUGUCAGGUGCUGGGAGCCGGGGGUCACCCGCGGGAGGGUUGGUGCCACCGGGCCCUGCUGACACGCACUGCCAUGCCGACAGGCGGCCGAGGGCCUUUCCCAGCCCGGGGCCCAGGGCGAAAGCCAGGCAGCGGCUGCCGGCGUGGGACAGAAGUGCACUUGUGCUGCGCGCUCCCUGCGCUCGGGGAAGUGGGUGCUGCUCCCAGGAGCAGGGAUGGCCGCGUGGGUACCCGAGUCCCACGGGACCCGUGGCCUGGGCAGCUUUCUCAGGCUUUGCCUGGAGAUCCCUGAGGUUUCCCCCGGGCCUGUCCAGCAGCAGGGAUCGGGGCUUUUCCCGGGCACUUGUUUUAUUUUCCUUUUCACAAGGGCCAGGCUGUUGCAGCAGCCCCGUCUCUGGGCCAGCCCCUGCUGCCAGCAACUUCCUCUCGUGCAUCAGGUCACUGCUUUUGCGGGUGGAGCCUCCCCCGGCCCCCGGGCUGGCGGAGCCGAGCGCCCAGGGGGCAAAGCAAGCAGGUGCCUGGACAUGGUUGCGCCAGCACAUGACUGAGGGUGUGCAGGGGUGCCCUGACUCCUCGCCCGGCAGCUGGCAGGCUCCAUGCCCAGGAUCCAAGCCCCGAGAAGCUGCUCCUGCCCUCUGUGCUCCCCUGGCACCGAGCUGGCCGGACCCGCCUGCUGCAUGGAGCUGAGGUUGGGGGUCAGCCUCGGCCUGCCCAGGUCUGACGGCCGGUGGAUGUCUCCCUGGAGCCCCUGCCUCUGGGCCGACUCCAUCGGGGACUUCCCCUGCCCCCCCGGGGGCAGUCCGAUGCUUUUGGUUCCUAAAAAAGCAGACCGGGAAGCUGCUGGAUUUCUACAGAAACCCAGGCUGCUGUUUCGGUUCUCGGGGCACUUCCCCCUCCGCACUUUCAUCCUGGCUCUGCUGGCCGUGUCCUGCUCCCAGGGCAGGGGUUGCAUGGGGGAUGAGCCAGAUUUCGGGCCCUGCUCCCCUUCCUCAUGGGGCGCUGGGUGGUUGCAUGCUCAGGUGCUCCCAGAGUGCCUGGAGCCCUGUGGCCAGGUGGCGGGGGCCCGAGCUGUUCUCCCUUGCAGCACCGCGAGAGGAAGCAGGUAAUUCCCCUGCAAGCUGCCAGGCAGCAAAGGCUGUCAGCCCCGUGCUAGCACCAGGCCUGUGCAGCACUGCCCUGCGUGUCUCCGAGUGCCGGGGCUGCUCCGGUGGGCAGCGGGGCGGCACGGUCAGACUGGCACCGGGUGUUCGGGCCCCAGGGGCAGGCAAUAGAAACAAAACGCUGCCCUGGAAGGAGCAGGGAAGGUGCCGCUGAGCAAAUGAGACUGCUGCACACUUCCCCCCAGGGAAGCAAACAAGCUCCUGGGGCACAUGUACGACAACACAGAGAGCGGAAGUGAGCGUGCCGCCCCCCUGCUGACUCCGCGUUUUCAGGUUCACGUUUUCGGGUCUGAGCGGGCUGCAGCUGCGAGCUGCGUGGGGCAGGGCGGCUCCCAGGGCUGGCGCAGCGUCCAGCCGGGUGGGCAGCAGGGCACGGGACUGCUCCGCAUGCCACGUCCAUCGGCCUCCAUGUCUGCUUGGAGGCCUUGAGGCCGGAGUGCCCGCUUCCCCUGCUCCCGUGCUCGUGCUGCUGUUCCUGCGGCCUCGUGCGGGGCAGGGGCAGGGGCAGGGGCAGGGGCAGGGGCACCCCGCUCCCUGCCGUGUGCAGGGCAGGGGGCUGUGAGAAGUGGCUGCUUGGCCCAGACAAUGCCGCUUUGCGAGUGGGUGCACCCAGGCCGGGACACCCCCGCCCCGGGCAGACAGCGCGCAGGCGGGCGCACGGGAUUCCUGGGUGCUUCGUUCCAGACUGUUUUCUCCAAAGGCAGAAGCCCCCAGGCCCACCGUGCGGCACGGCGCAUAUGCAGAAGAGGCGAGAACAAAACAGCCUGGGCCGGCCCCGGCAGGGGAGCAGCGCGGCCACAACAAAGGGGCUGGGAGCGAGGUGUGAAGUCUGCCGCCCUGCAGCUCUGCUGAGCGGGGACAACAACAGGAAGCAGAGCCGGUUGGGGAGAGGGGCACGUGGCUGCGCUGCGGGGUGCGGGGUGUCAACACACCCACGCCUGCCCGGGGAGGGAGGGCGCAGGCAGCGGUGGGGCCGGGCCCUGCAGCGUUCCCACCUCGUCGCUGCAGGUGUUCGCAGCCUGGGCCAGGAACCAGUUCGAAGGAAGGCGGUUGCAGCCUUCCUAGAUCGGGCUGGCCAGGCCUUGCGCCCUUCAGCCCCUCUCCUGUCUCGCCCCGGUCCCUGGCCUGGGAGAAGCCCCGACCCUUAAGACUGUGCAGUUGUGCUGCAGAGAUGGAGGGACGGGCAUCUGGUGCCCGGUCACCCCGGGAGCGGGGAUGGUGCCAAUGACGGGCCCUCCCCUAGCUCUCCUGGAUCCAGCCCAGCACUGGGUAGAGCUGUGCUCCUGCGCUUGCAUGCGCGUGCAUCUGCCUGUCUGUCCUAGGCACCUAGCUCGUGUUGCUAAUAGAGCUGUAGUAGCCAGGGCCGGUCCUCCUGCCACCUCUCCAUCCAACCGCCGUCGCCUUCGCCUUCUGCCCCUGCACCAGGCGCUGGCGUGUGGGAGGGGCGCCAGACCCAAGCUACUUCCCACCCCCUCUCCUCCUCCUCGUUCCUCUCCAUCACGUGCAUGGUGGCUUCUCGCAGGCGUCCCCGUCUAGCUGCCCAGCGCAUGGCAGCGUUGGUGGCCGUGCCACGUUCGCACGUGCCACGUUCCAGCUGGUUGACAAGAGCGAACACAACCAUCUGCAUGAGGAAACCAGAGGGGCUGAAAAGCAAUGAGUCAGCAAGCGAGAGUGGCUCGGGGGCAGGUGCAGGCGGACGCACCAGUCCCGCUCCUGGAGGCACCGACCGUCCUACAGAAACCGGCCGCGAAGGUACAGAUGCGGGGCCCAGCCAGCACGGUGCCUGAUUAGAUUUAGCGCUUGAUGCCGAAGGUGGCAGCAAAUGAUGGCAUCAAUCAAUGGCAGCUCCAAGAGGUCGCUGAAGCCCGCUGGAGGCUGAAGCUUGCCCAAGUGGAAAGUUCCCGUGCAUCUCCUCCCUGGCUCAAGCUAUGAGCUGAUGCAGAGAAAUGUGUAAUUAUCUGGAAUUUCCACUUUGAGGUUUAGUGAGUUCCUCUGUCCGUCUUGAGGAACUCACUCCUCGGGCUGCUUUGUGCGCAUGUGCGUGUGCUGGAGCCUUCUGUAAAGCUUCCACAUCGUUGCACAAAUAUUUAAUAGAAAGAGUCUCCCAAG